UUUCCCUCCAUUGCUCACUAUUCUGCCGUCCCUGCUAGUCUUCUUUUGUUGCUAUCUUUACUUUUUCCUCCUUAAUUAAAUCUUUCAGCCUUCUUGGUCAGAAGAUACUUCCACACCACACCACUCCAUUCUCACUUGUGAGUUAUGACUAGUCACUUGUAACUUACAAACACAAACAAAAACCAUUAAUGAAACACUCUUUUACUCUUAACUACACCCAUAUGUUUCACACACAAUACACUUCACUUACCCCUUUUAAAAAGCCCUUUUUUUUAUAAUUCAUUUUUUCUUCUUCUUCCCAUUUCCCAACUCAAACUCAAACUCUUUGUCUUCUCCUCCUCUUACUCCUGCAUUCUUCUAUCUAAACCCUAGAUUUCAAAUCUGGGGUUUUGUUUCCUGAUUUUCCCAAUCUUCUGAUUUUCCUACAUUUUUUAGUUUCCUCUAUAGUUGAUUUUCUGUAGCUGCAAUGUUUCAGUUCUAAAAAAACGUUUUUUUUUUCUUCCCCUUCUUCUGGGUACUAUUCUCAUAGUAAAUGCAUGGAUGGGAGAGAGGCUAUGGCAUUCUCUGGUGGUCCUGGUUCAUAUUACUUGCAUAGAGGAGGGGUUGAGGCUGCAGGGUCUGGCUCUGGUGGGUUCCAAGUACCUCCUGGAUUCAGAGCUUUGCCAAACAAUGGUAUCAUAGCUCAGCCAAAUGUGAGGGCUCAGGGUGGUAAUGGUGACACUAGUUCCAUGUUUUCGUUGGAGCCUCAGUCUCAUGCUGAUUUUAAUCAUGACAUUAGCGUUGGUGCAUCCUCCGGGGCACCUUCGAGUGAGCCUGUGAAAAAGAAAAGAGGGAGACCCCGGAAAUACGGACCCGAUGGAUCAGUUUCUUUGAAACUGACUCCAAUGUCUGCCCCGGCUAAUUCCACUCAAGACUCGGGUACACCUUCCGAGAAGCGUGGUAGAGGACGUCCCCGGGGAUCUGGAAGGAAGCAGCAGCUAGCUGCAUUAGGUGAUUGGAUGACCAGUUCAGCAGGGUUGGCUUUUUCGCCUCACGUUAUCACCAUUGCAGCUGGCGAGGACAUUGCAGCAAAACUAUUGUUGUUGUCACAGCAGAGACCAAGGGCUCUGUGCAUCUUGUCAGGCACUGGGAUAGCUUCUAAAGUUACUCUGCGACAGCCUGCUUCUACCAAUGCCGGUGUAACUUAUGAGGGAAAAUUCCAAAUAUUAAGCUUAUCCGGUUCUUACUUGGUAUCUGAAGAUGGUGGACCAACCAACAGAACGGGUGGCAUAAGUGUUUCUCUUUCUAGCCGCGAUGGUCAUGUUAUUGGUGGCAGUGUUGCUAUGCUUAUUGCUGGAAGCCCAAUACAGUUGGUUGUGUGCAGUUUUGUAUAUGGCGGUGGCUCGAAGGUAAAGACCAAGCAAGGAAUGAUUACCAAUGGAGAAAGUUCCGAGCCUCAUAAUGAUAACCUAGGUUCUCCAGCCAGUGCUCCACCUGAUCAAAACUACAUCUCUUCACCAACAGGUAUGUGGCCGGGAUCACAACCAUCGGACAUGAAAAGCGCGCCCGCACAUACCGGCAUUGACUUGACGCGAGGGUGAAAUUGAAGAGAUGGCAGUUUUGUAUAUACAUGCUGUUGUAAAUUAGCUUGAGUUUGUGAGCAUUGUGUGGCUUAGCUUGUUAUCUCCAUUGCAGGGUGACAAGUUUUCACUAACAUGCUGAAACAAAAGAAUCAUUUAGGGUUCUAUUAUUGAUUCAUCCAACAUUGUCUUGAGUUCAUUGAGUUCUUAGAUCCUACUUUAGCGACUGCGGAUAGUGUUGGCUAUGGCAUUUGUUUGAUAUCUGUUUCUUAUUAUGCAUUACUACUUAGUGUUACUCUAGAGUACUGUUAAUGUUAUGUUCCUUAUAUGAAAUUUGAGAACAAAAUUGUAUUGAUUGAUUCCAGUAGAUGAUGAGACUUGUUUGUCCUACUUGAUUGGGUUCAUCAACCCUACCAUAUAUUGAUGCAAGUAUCGUGUUUUGGCA